CUUAUUUAAACGGCUAACAUGCAGCGUCGAGGAAGAGAAGAAUAACUAUCACGCAGUACUCUCCCCUCACUCCCCUCAAACCAUCAUAGAUAGGAAGAGAAAACGACACGACAGUCUCUCCCCUUCCUUUACUUCUAGAAAUCCCGACCACCACCCUCAACCACUGAAACCAAUUCCUUUCUCUAGCUCUCUAGGAAGACAUGAAUUUUACCAACCCGUCUCCGUCUUCGUCAUCUUCUCCUACCAAUACAGUGUUACUUCAGGAAACGGCCAAGAGCAAAAAGAAACAGCAAGAAACAACGGGAAGGUUUCUGGGUGUUCGACGGAGGCCGUGGGGCCGAUACGCAGCAGAAAUAAGGGACCCCUCUACCAAAGAGAGGCAUUGGUUGGGCACUUUCGAUACCGCAGAAGAGGCAGCCUUGGCCUACGAUAGAGCCGCCCGCUCCAUGCGGGGCUCUCGCGCUCGCACCAAUUUCGUCUACUCUGACAUGCCACCUGGCUCUUCUAUCACUUCCAUCAUCUCCCCCGACGACGAAGCAGCCCACCAUCAAGACCACCACGGCCUUCUCUCCACAUUCUUCGUCCCUCCCCCAUACAAUGACCCCAUAAGCCACCAACUCUUCUUUGCUCAGGACUCCUCCUCCUCCUCCACCGCUGCCUCCGCUGCUACUACCACUGCUGGAGGAUUCAUCGGCAGUGGUAGUACGGGUGGGGUUGAUCAGUACUCCCAGUACCCCCAACCUUUCUACGAUAGCACGGACCUCCCUCCCUUACCCUCUCAGAUUUUGGACAAUUCGAAUAAUUAUUUCAGUUCCUCCUCCAACGUCGACGUACCGGUUCUUUCAGGUUAUGAUGAUCACAUGGGUCACCAGGGGAGUUUGUCCGAUUCAACUUCAACAGGUUUCUUUGGGUUCACAGAUACACAGCAAGUGAUCACCGGAACUACUGGGUUUGACUCGGUGGGAAGUUGUUGUGGGUCAUCAUCGUCGUGCUUUGGUUUUGAGUCAGGAGAAUUGGUUCACAGCCCACUCUUUGGGAGGAUGCCGCCUGUUUCUGAUACUUUGCCAUCCGUUACGGAUGGUUUCGAUUUGGGUUCCUCCUCUUAUUUCUUCUGAUGCUGUUCUAUUAUUUGUAACCUCUUCUAUCUGCUUCAGUUUGCGUUUCUUCGGGUUAACGUUUUGUCUUUCUCGUCUUAAUUUCCGUUUUGGGAUCGUAUUUGGCACUUUCUUUCGGAUUCCACAAUAAUCUACGGUUGGGUUUUGGCAUAUAAUUUUGGAUUGGUGAGAGCAUGAGAGGUGAUCUCAGCAGCUCUAAGAAGCAAUGCUUAGACAGGGCUGAUAUAGUUGAGUGUGUAUAAGACUCGCUCUCUAUUUAUUGAAUCAGA